AUGCAAAUCGCAAAGAAUUCUACCACUCAAGCGGAGAUCCAAGAUGAAUUGGAUCAGGUCAAUUCAUCAAUCGAUCCAGCAGAUGGAAAAGCUGGUUCUGGAGAUGAAAUUUCGAUGGUGAAUCGAUUGAUUACUGAUCCAAACAGCCCAUACUAUCUGCAUUAUGGUGAUAACACUGGAAUGCAACUUAUUUCAAUUGAGCUCACUGAAGAGAAUUAUGCGACGUGGAGUUGUGCAGUCAUCAUGGCACUAAAUGCCAAAAAUAAGGAGGGGUUCGUUGAUGGAUCAUUCACUAAACCACAUCAGAAGGAUCCUUUUUACGAACUUUGGGAGAAACUUGAGAAUUAUAGACCAAAUGUUAGUGGUACUGACUACAAAUCUGAGGAUCAGAUCAUGCAAUUUCUGAUGGAGCUAGAUGAUCAAUUUUCACAUGUGAGCAAUCAGAUCCUACUGAUGGAUCCCAUGCGUUCACUCAAUAAGGUUUUUGCUCUAAUUCUACAAGAUGAAAGGCAAAAGGAGGUGGUGGCUAAGAAACAAAAGAAUUUUGAUGCUACUGCCUUUGUUGGUAAGAUGGUUCACAAUUCAAUUGGUAACCAAAGAGCAAGCUCGUUUAAUCAGCUUCAAAGAAAAGAUAAACCGAUAUGUAGUCAUUGUGGGAUGGUAGGACAUCUUAAGAGUAAGUGCUAUAACUUGAUUGGUUAUCAUCUGGGUCACAGGCUAGCUAAAGGAAAAGCUCCAGUUGCCAAUGCUAUUGGUCCAAUUGCCAAUUCUGGCUCAGACAUUGUUAAUUUCUUGUCAAACAUCACUAUCACAAGAAGACAAUGCCAGCAAAUUUGGCCAUUUAAUGAUUCCAUAGUUGGAGAUAAGUGGAUUUUGGACACUGGAGCCUCAGAGUACAUGGUGUGCUCAAUUAAGCAUCUGAUGACUGUAAAUGCAAGAAUUAAAGCUAUUGUGAGACUGCCUAAUGGUGACAGUGCUUUAGCCACACAUAUUGGGACAAUAAAGUUGUUCAAUACCUUGAUACUGACAAAUGUUCUAGAUCUUUCAACAUGCACGACAAUUGGGAUAGGCACACUUGAAGAUGGAUUAUACCACCUUCAGCAACCUGAGCACCAAUGCAAUGAUCAGUCAUCAAUUCAUUCUCAACAGUCCACCUUAGCUCUGGAUAAUUCCUCUAGUGUCAAUCCAAGUUUGAAAUGUAAUAAUUCAAUGUCUUUUGUUUGUAAUUCCACUGGCAAUGUUACUCUUCAAAGUAAGAUUGAUAUCUGGCACUGCCGAAACACCACAGCAAAAUGGAAUAGUUUGAGCAUAAACACCAACACCUUCUCAAUAUUGCCAGAGCCAUUAAAUUCCAAGCCAAUCUGCCUCAUCAAUUUUGGGGUCUCAUCCUCACAUAAUCAUCUUAAGGUUCUUGGAUGCCUAUGUUAUGCUUCUCUUAUUAAAAGAAAUCGUACAAAGUUUGACCCUAGAGUCACUCCUUGUGUUUUCCUUGGUUACCCUUAUGGCAUAAAGAUUUCUGUUGCAUCCCAAUCAGAUCUCAUGGCGAAUGGAUCUGCCGGUGGACCAAAGUACCCCAUUUCAGAUUACUUAGACUAUAGCAGGCCGUCACCAUCCCACAGAUACUAUGCACUGGCCUUAUCUAUGGUUCAUGAACCUCAGUCAUUUGUUGAAGCUGCUAAAAAUCCAGAUUGGUGCAAGGCUAUGGAUGCAGAGUAUCAGGCACUUGUCUCUAAUAACACCUGGUUUAUUGUUCCUCUUCCUUCCCAUAAGACUCCUGUAGCUUGCAGAUGGGUUUUCAAAGUUAAACUUAAAUAA